AUGAGCCAUCGUGACGUGCUACAUGGGUUUGUAGCACUCCCGAUUGCCUACGGCGGCAAGAAAGAGGGAUACAAACCCGUUCAUUACAUGUAUAUACGUCGCCAUACGGGGGCCGGAGACGAUCCUGCACGCCCUGCUGGACGUACUAUGUUUGUCGUGAAUCUGCCUGUAGAUGCGACACGAGGCACGCUGCGAGAGAUGUUCCGCAAGGCUGGUGCUGUCGAGUCGGUGUCUAUUCACAAUGUGCACAGUGCGCAUCGCGCGGAAGAAGAUGAAAGUGAGGACGAGGAGGACGAGGGCCCAACGCCCUUGCCUACGACAUCGAACGACAAGCGUGGGUCAAAGGCGCCGCCACCUGUUCAGCCUCUCCCAUCGCUGGAUCCCAAUACCUUGCUAGGGUCAUGCUCUAAUGCCCAUAUUGUGUUCCUCGAUGCCAGCUCGCUGGAUCGUGCGAUGCAAUGGCCCGAAAAAUGGGCCGCGAAGCCCUAUGUGUGGCCGCAUGCAGGCGCGCCGACCAUGGACGAGGAUGAGGAUGACAUGCCUGGAUCCAAGCCACAACGACGUCGUGCUCCACGUGAAACUCGCUAUACCGGAUUAGCAUACCUGCUUGAUCGGUACCGCCGGCAUCGCCCAGCGCAUGAGAAAAUCAAGCAGCAUGUGGACUCGGCCAUUGCGCGGUAUACGUGGAUCCGUGAGCACCCACAAUGGCUCUUGGAGCAGCGGCAACAAGGUGAUACAACGUCGAGUUUGGGUGUUGGAAUCCAAGCUGCGAGUGUCGGUCCAAAUGGCGAGUUGCUGGACGAGGACGGCUUUGUGAUUGUGCAGAAAGGCAACAAAUAUGGCCGAUCAGGUGGUGAUGACAAUACCUUUGCAGCGAUUACGCCCGAGUUUGAAGAGAUGCUGCGACAGAACCCGGAUAAGAAGAAAUCGAAGGAACUUUCCGACUUUUACCGCUUCCAGUUCCGUGAGAAGAAGCGGCAACAAUUUGCUACGCUGCGUGCGCAAUUCGAGGCGGACAAACAAAAAGUGGCACAGCGCAAGGCGUCGUUCCGCUUUAAGCCCUAUUGA